AUGGAGUAUGGGAGUGUCCCUUGCUUUCUGGUGGAUGCAUGCAUGAACUUGCUGGAUCAUGUCGACACAGAGGGCCUGUUUAGAAUAUCUGGCUCUCUUGCUCGCCUGAAGACACUCCAGAAAAAAUUGGAGUAUGGUGAGGAGUGCCUGUCUGCCUGUCGUCCUUGUGACUUGGCCAGCCCGGUGAAGAAAUUCUUCAAGGAGUUGCCAGAACCCGUGCUAUCCACCAAGAUGCAGGAGGCCUUCCUCAAGGUCCAGCAUCUCCCCACCAAGGAGGACCGCACCUGCGCCACCAUGCUGCUCUCUUGCGUCCUUCCUGACGCAAACCAGAGUGUCAUGCGUCACUUCGCAGUGUUCUUGCUAAAAGUGUCCAAGAGGAGUGCAAAGAACAAGAUGGACGGCACUAACUUGUCGUUAGUCUUGGCUCCCACCCUCCUCCAGUCCAGAGGAGUUACAAAGAUGGACUGCAACGCAGAGAAACACCUCCAACUGGAGAUGGAUGUCCUUCUCUGCUUCAUAGAAAAUGCCCACCACAUUGGUAACAAUGCACAUAACUCAACUGAUAGUCUUCACAGCCUCAGUCUUGUUGAGAUCUAAUUUCUUUGCUUUUGCUGCACGUUACAGGUCAGAUGC